GACCCAACCUUGUCAACCACCAACCAAAACACCAGACAUAACGACGACGCUGACGACGACCAAGACCGAAACGAAGGGGUAGACUUGGAUCCCUCGACUGUCCCGAGUCCGUGUACGUCUGCCUUUAUUUCUCUGGCAACUGCACCACCUCAAGAGCACCUUUCGGCCCAACCCCACUAUCCCAGUCCGAGUCGAGGCCCCCGUCCGUUACGCCAUUUUCCGGAUCGACCUGUUCUUCGAGAGGAAAUAGGACUCUUGCUCCUCAUCCUCUCUCCUCCUCCUCCUCCAUCAACAACCCGACACAGAACAACUACUAGAAACAUGUGGGGCUGGUUUGGCGGUGGCGCGGCGCAGAAGCGCAAGGACACGCCCAAGAAUGCGAUCCUCGGUCUGCGCGCACAGCUGGAGAUGCUGCAGAAGCGCGAGAGGCAUCUCCAGACACAGAUUGACGAGCAGGACGCCAUCGCUCGCAAGAACGUCAACACAAACAAGAAUGCGGCCAAGGCGGCCUUGAGGCGUAAGAAGACACAUGAGCACUCGCUCGACCAGACCAUCUCGCAGAUAGGGACACUGGAGCAGCAAAUCAACGCGAUCGAGUCGGCCAACAUCAACCGGGAGACCCUGGUGGCGAUGGAGAAGGCCAGCCAGGCCAUGGCACAGAUCCACGAAAAACUUACACCGGAGAAGGUGGACGAGACAAUGGAGAAAUUGCGGGAGCACAAUGCCAUGAGCGAAGACAUUGUCGCCGCCAUGACCAACGCCACUAUCAGCGACUACGUCGACGACGUCGAUCUGGAAGAGGAGUUGGAGCAGCUACAACAGGAGCAGCUCGACGAGCAAAUGCUCACGACAGGCAACGUGCCCGUGUCAGAUGCAGUACACAAGAUGCCCACGCCGGUAAACACAGAGCCUCAAUCGAGCAAGAAGCAGGCUGUGGAGGAAGACGACGAAGAGGCCGAGUUGCGAAAGUUGCAGGCUGAGAUGGCCAUGUGA